AUGGAAAUCGAUGGCAACACCUUAGUGUUUAUAAUAGUGAUUCUAUUCCUAUUUUUCUCCACACCUGGUGGUGAUGGCGUAUCCUCUCAAUACGAGUUCAAUCAGCUUCAGAGAUUGAAGCAACAGUUCCGAACAGAACAUGAUGCAUUCCUCAAUAUGACGUAUACAGAUGGUUUCCGAAAUAUCACUGGUUUCAAAUUAAGUUACCAAGACAUGUUGAAUAAUCCUCUCCAGAAUGCCACUUACCCAUUACCAGGAAAAGAUUAUGAUCGAUGGUUUCCCGAACAGAACUACAUGAUCUUACCCAAUGAAAUCAUAGACUCCAUAAACACUGAAGUCUGGAAUACCUCCAAUGGUGACACCUCCAACCUUUUCCCCCCUAAUAUUACAAGUACUCUGUUAGGAAAAAUAAAUCUUGUUUCAAAUAACAAGUAUGAAAAAAUAAGGAUGCCCAUACCCAGGUUCUAUGAGCCGGCAAGUGAUUUUUCAGACGAUAUUCCUCCUGAGGGGGAAACGUACUGGUCAGAGCGACACACUUACGGUGAACUCCAUAAUGUGAGUUUUCAGCAUGGCGAAAUAGCUAUCCAAAUCUUUCAUAUGAACAAUCUUCAAGAUAAUAAUAAUAAUUACUUGAGGAGAAAUUUCAUAAAUAAGAAAAGCGACAGAUGGAAAUUAUUAAAUCUUCAGAUCGACUUUUCAGAUAAGGCUGAAAAGGAAAAGCAUUCCAUAUCCUCAAUGGCUGUCUACGAUAUUCAACGUGGUAGAAUACUUUCUAUUUCUCAGAGUUCUAAACUUCAUUCCUUGUUCGCCCUUCCUCAUUACAUGUCUUUUCAGAAUGAAUAUAAUGAGAAAAUAUUCAAUGAAGUCAAAGAAGUCGUUGACGAAUAUUGGAAUUUUACGAGUUACGCGAAUGUGAUGACCAUGAAAGACGUACAGAAUGCGUACAAUAACGCUAAUCUUAAAUGUGAGUAUAUGACUUUUCUUCAAUUGGAACCGUGGAACCAAUACACAAGAGACCAGAUUAAGUUAAUAGACGAUGAAUUGAAUUGGCCCUUGGGGCGUCCGGCUAAUCUUUCUAGUCUACCGCCCCUGAAGGUUAUCUCUGGAUUAUUGUAUUCUCCUGACUGCGGUGUGAGAUUAGAAAUGCAUGACGUGAAGGGUAUACGGUAUGAACUAAAAAUUAUGUCGAUUAGAAGACAUUUACUGUUCGGUAUUGCGUUAUUUGCGGCCCAGAUAUACUUAUUGCUGACUCAAAUGCAUCACACAAACACCCCUUCCAUGGUUAACAAAAUCUCAUUCUAUUGCUUCUCGAUGAUUAACUUAGUGGAUGGUUCCCUGGCCACCUUAUACUUUGUGGCGGCCAGUAUUGUUCCUGAAUUGUACUUGCCUUUGGUGAUAAGUGCUUUUUCAUGCUUUAUCUUGGCCUCUAUUUUCGAAAUACGUUACUUGAUAUCGAUUUACGCUUCGCAGGUUAAUGAACAGAAUGUUGGGGUUCUCAAUUUAUUACGUGGUAACACUGGUGCAUAUGAUGAGAAUAGACCAAGGCCUGCGUUCAUCCCUGAUGAAGGUUCUAUCGGUGGCUCCCUAUAUGGCAGAUUUUUCUUUAUGUUAAUCAUUUUUACCUUUUUAUUAUUGAGUUCGACAUCAUGGCCUCGCCAAUUAAGGAUGACAUUUGAGUACAUUCUAAUUUUCAUAUUAAACUCCUAUUGGAUUCCUCAAAUUUUCCGUAACGCUGUUAAGGGUAUCCCUUCAAGAAGAGAAAGAACAAGAUCUAGUAUUGGAGGAAAUAGAAACCAAAACAAAAUGCCUUUAUUGUGGAGUUUUGUAGUAGGGACGACAAUAAUUAGAAGUCUGCCCGUUGUUUAUGUUUUCACUUAUUCUUCUAACGUCUUUAGGCACCACAAAGAUGUACAUUUCGUCGUGUUUCUAUCACUAUGGUUACUGUUUCAAAUUAGCAUCUUGUAUUCUCAAGAUAUAUUGGGAUCGCGCUGGUUCCUACCUAAGCACACAAUUCCGGAUGGAUACUCGUAUUUCAAGGCUCUUUCAACUGAGUAUAUAUCAGAGCAUGGAGGUGGAACUGCUGAAAAUACCGUUGAUUGCGCGAUAUGUAUGUCAGAUGUCCCAAUAUACAUAGAAGAAGUUCCAGAAACUCACAAAGUGGAUCAGCAUUCUUACAUGGUAACGCCCUGUAACCAUGUAUUUCAUACUCCAUGUCUGGAGAACUGGAUGAGUUAUAAAUUACAAUGCCCAGUGUGUAGGUCGCCGUUACCUCCAUUGUAG